AUGUACACCGCCCUGCCCGACAACCGCAUUUUAACAGACAGCUGGGUAGCGUACUCGCGAGCCAGCGGGAUGCCCAUGAUGGAUGUGAAGGUCUUGGAACAGUACUUGGCUCGCUCUUCUGCGGAACUUGCGGUGCUACCUAGCAGGGUAGAGUACAGAUUGGAGCAAUUCUCUCGCAUGGCAGCAAAGGCAGUCACUUCCGAGAUAUAA